ACUCCAUCCAGCGGUGGAACAUUCCUUCCAAUUUUAUCUGGUUGUUCUAAGGUUACAUUUGUUGUUAUGAACGGUAACCAGCUAACUGGAGAAAUACCUGGUUUCCUUGGUCUCUUGUUAAACCUGAAAGGGUUAAGUUUAUUCAACAACAGUUUAAUAGGCAGUAUCCCACCUUCAUUGGGGAACUUGUCGUCCCUGGAGACACUUGUUUUGGCUAAAAAUGGUCUGAGCGGGGCUAUACCUGAAGCUCUUGGACAACUGACAAAUCUUGCAUUUUUCUUUGUGGAAGAAAAUGGAAUUUCUGGUAUUGUUCCUUCCUCAAUUUUCAAUCUCUCGAAGAUUAAAGGUUUUGAUAUUAGCGAUAACAAGAUUCAAGGUAGCUUCGGUUCUGUAUACAAAGGAAUUCUUGAAGAGAGUGGAGUAGUUAUUGCCGUUAAGGUGCUUAAUCUUCUUACUCAUGGAGCUCCCAGGAGCUUCUUAGCUGAAUGUGAGGUCUUGAAGAACAUUAGACAUCGGAAUCUUGUGAAGGUAUUAACAGCAAUUUCAGGUGUUGAUUAUCAAGGCAAUGAUUUUAAAGCAUUGAUUUAUGAGUUCAUGGUAAACGGAAGCUUGGAGGAUUGGCUGCAUCCAUCCGUUGGCAUGAAUGAACAGGAGACAAUGAGAAACCUGAAUUUCUUCCAAAGAGUAAAUGUGGCAGUAGAUGUUGCUCAUGCAUUGGAGUAUCUGCACCAUCAUUGCGAUACACCAAUUAUUCAUUGUGACCUCAAGCCAAGCAAUAUUCUACUUGAUGAGGAAAUGGUUGGCCAUAUAAGUGACUUUGGCUUAGCAAAAAUCCUUUCUGCUGACAGGCUUAACAAUUCUACUACUCAGUCAAGCUCCCUCGGAUUAAGAGGAACUAUUGGUUAUGCUCCACCAGAAUAUGGCAUGGGAAGCAAGUUGUCAACAAAAGGUGAUGUGUAUAGCUUUGGCAUCCUCUUGCUAGAGAUGUUUACUGGGAAAAGGCCAACCAAUGAAAUGUUCGAAGAAGUUUUCAACCUUCACAACUUUGUUGUGGCAGCUUUGCCAGAACGAGUGAUUGAGAUUAUAGAUCCCAAACUUCUUCAAGACAGAGUCAGACGAGGAAACGACAAACAUCUUCAAUGUUUGAAUUCAAUAUUUGAAAUAGGAGUCAUUUGUUCUGUUGAAUCCCCAAGUGAGCGGAUGGACAUGAGUGAUGUUGUUACCAAGCUUUGUUCUAUUAGAGACAAGCUUCAUCCAAGUUGAUUACCUCGUGAGGACCAAACUUUAUAUGCUGCUCAACCAGCAGGUAUCUGAGGAGCCAUAUAAAUGGACUUGAAAGGCUUAGGUGCUUCCAACUACUGCCAGUCCUUUUUUUCGCAUUGUAUCUGGUAUUUGCAAAAGCAAAACUUUUCCAACAAGCACUCAAGUUGGAGAAGAGAAAAAUAAAGAGCAAGUUUGUCCAACAAUUCUUGGUGUAUGUAAUCUGUAUGAAUUUUCUUUUGUUGUGGAUUAUCAUCAAACCAGAAUUUAGAAUAAUGCAAAUAAGUUAUUCUACGACACCUUUUGU